AUGAUGUCUCACGAAGAUGCUAUGGGUGGAAAAUUUGAUCUUAGUAUGGCAUGUUCAAAAUUAUACACAAAAUCAGUCGAUAUUGUUAGUAUCAAUCAAACAAAAUUUCGAGACGAUAUGAUAAAAUACGGUAUACCGUUGUACAUCGAUAUGUUCCAACGAGUAUAUAGUAUGAAAACACGUCAGGUUCUUGAUAAAUCGUUAUUAUAUUUAUGUAAUCAAUUACAAAAUGACAUUGUUCGUAUCCCAAAGAAACCUCCAGCAGAAAAUUCGAAAACAUGGUACAAAGAUUUAAUACAGAAAUUUGGUGAAAACUCAGAUGUUACUACCGAAUUUGCUGAUUUAUGGUUAUGGAUAAGAGGCACUCACGAUUUCAAAAUGAUGAAUUCAAAACUUGGUAUUCUACAUUUAUUAUUGGUUAUACUAUCUAUCGUGUUAACAUUUGCCGCACGUCCACAAAAAUGCAAUUUAGAACCACAAACUGGCGUGUGUAAAGGAAUGUUUCCACGAUUUUAUUAUGAUGGUAGUACAAACAGUUGUAAAGAAUUCACGUGGGGAGGCUGUGGAGGUAAUGAAAAUAAUUUCAAAGAAGAAGAAGCAGAAUUCAAAGAUAUCAGAAAACUGGUUCUUCAGUAUCCAUUUGUGGCAAUGGAUACCGAAUUUCCUGGUAUAGUUGUUCGUCCGUUAGGUGAAUUUAAAACCACUGCUGAAUAUCAAUAUCAAUGUUUAAAAUUGAACGUUGACUUUUUGAAAAUAAUUCAAUUAGGUUUAACAUUUAUGAAUGAUAAAGGAGAAAGUCCACCGGGUAUUAGUUCAUAUCAGUUUAAUUUUAACUUUAAUUUGACUAUGGACAUGUAUGCACAAGAUUCAAUUGAAUUAUUACAAAAGUCUGGUAUUCAGUUUAAAAAACAUGAAGAUGAAGGAAUCGAUCCACACCAAUUUGCUGAAUUAUUAACAACAUCUGGUGUUGUAUUUAUGGAUAAUAUUGUUUGGCUUUCAUUUCAUUCAGGUUAUGAUUUUGGUUAUUUACUAAAAAUGUUGACUGCCAAACUGUUACCAGAUACUGAAAAUGAAUUUUUUGAUUUGUUAAAAUUAUUCUUUCCGAAUAUCUAUGAUGUAAAAUAUCUAAUGAAAAGUUGUAAAAAUCUCAAAGGUGGUCUGGAAGAAGUAGCCAAACAACUUGAAAUUGAACGUAUUGGACCUCAACAUCAAGCCGGUAGCGAUAGUUUAAUGACUGGUUUGGCAUUUUUCAAAAUGAAAGAGUAUGGUUUAGGACCCAGCUCGUUUCCUACCGUUGGCAUGGCUUAUGAAGGUAUCCUUGCCGGUGUUACUGAAACUGAAAAUAGUCCAUAA